AACAAUAGUGCGGAUCGUGGCGCGCGGACGGCGGCGGAGCCGGACGGUAAAGAUCCUUCUCUGAGCCGCUCUGGUGCGCAGGACCGGUGCCGGGACAGACGGACGGACGGACAGACGAGACAGAUCCCACGCCGUGCCGACCGCCCACGGCUCUCGAGUGGCGCCCCUGAGACCCUCUGGCCCGUGGCUGCGGGGUCUCCGACGUGAGCCGACCCUUCCCGGGUGUCCCUGUCCCCACGUGCGUCUUGCCGCAGCGGAGCCGGGGACACUAUGAACGAAGAGGAGCAGUUUGUAAACAUUGACUUGAAUGAUGACAACAUUUGCAGUGUUUGUAAACUGGGAACAGACAAAGACACACUCUCCUUCUGCCACAUUUGCUUUGAGCUAAAUCUCGAGGGAGUACCAAAGUCUAGUCUUUUACAUACCAAAUCCUUGAGAGGCCAUAAAGACUGCUUUGAAAAAUACCAUUUAAUAGCAAACCAGGAUUGUUCUCGUUCCAAGCUAUCCAAAAGUACUUACGAAGAAGUUAAAACCAUCCUCAGUAAGAAGAUAAACUGGAUUGUGCAGUAUGCCCAAAAUAAAAAUCUGGAUUUGGAUUCCGAGUGUUCCAAAACAUCCCAGCAUCACCUGUUUAACUUCAGGCAUAAGCCAGAGAAAAAAUUACUCCCACAGUUUGACUCUCAGGUGCCAAAGUACUCAGCAAAAGGGUUAGCCGGCAACGCAGGCGGCAUCUCAAGCUAUACGCAAAGAAUCCUGGAGCACAGGGAGGAUACAGACUUUGGGCUUGGUAUAUUAGAAGAUGCAGAUGCAUUGUGGACUCACAGUCACAACCAGGCACAGAAAACAGAAGAGACAAGUUCUGGUCCAAAGGGGGAUAUCCAGACCCAGAAUCCACGUUACAGCCGAGAAGAACUGAACUCGAUGACUCUUGCUGAAGUAGUACAACUGAGUACAAAGCUCCAACAGCAAAUCCAGGAAGUUUUUGAAGAGUUAACACACCAGGUGCAAGAAAAAGACUCUCUGUCCUCAGAGCUCCAUGUCCGUCACGUGGCUAUCGAGCAACUCCUCAAGAACUGUUCCAAGUUACCAUGCCUCCAAGUAGGACGGACAGGAACGAGGCCACACCUACCCAUGAACAACUGAACGGAGCAAAGCUGCUGAGCUCUAUCCUCUGUUGCUCUGCUAAGCAUAUGUACCUAGAAAACAUUGGAAGAAAGUUAUGAUCCAUUUUUAUGGUUGUUAUACUUGGAAAACAUAAGACAAUAUUCAUUAUCUUUAUCUAAUAAAGCAGAUCACUCUAGUCCAGGGUUUAAUCAUUUGGCUUCAUUUGGGGACUGUUUCUUAUAAUUACUAAAUGCCCCUCCCUUAAAUAUACUGUUACAGCGUUUUUAUUGACCAAUUUUUAUUGUAACUCAGCAGUCAAAACAAUAGAAACCUAAUAAGGUCUUAAGUUAGACUAAACUACUAGAGGUAAUUUUUAAGAGGGAAAUAGAAUUCAUAAUAUCACCUUAUUUAUGAGCAAUAUUUUAAUAUAAAAUUUUAUAUAUAAGAUUGCUAUUUUCGGUAUUUUUUCAUUGUCUUUAUAAAUCUGUAUUUGAAUGGCCAUGUGUAUUUGCGCUUCAUUGUGUGAAUACGUCCACCUCUGUGGAGAUCACUGCAUUUUGGUGAUACAGUGUUUUUAUAACUGUUGUCUUUCUUUCCAAAGAUAAAUGUGUUUUGGAUAGUAUUUGGAGAAGCAGUCUACCUAGUUGAGGUAUUUUAACUACUAACAGCAUAUGAAAGAGCACUUACUGCUCUUUUUAAAGCAAAUAUAUAAGUAAAUAAAGCACAUUAUUGUUUUCUAAUGAAAGCAAUGCUAAAUUAGCUUAGGAAGAAAAUACUAUUCUAGUUUUUAUGUGUCUCCAUAAAAGUAGAGGCCCCACCCAGCUUCUUAUCUCUCAUGACUUUCUUUGAUAUGUUAGUUUUGGACAAAGUAGGUCAACUGUCUUCAAAUUGAACCCGUCCUCCUUUGGGGGGAAAAAUAAAAUUAUGAUGUGUGCUACUUCACAUGGAGUUCCAAUAAUCUGUUAACUGUCCAAAUUCUGAUAUCCACAUCACUGAAAUUCAUCCAAAAAAUAAAAUGAAAAAGAAAGAAGAAAAACUAUUUUAAGGUACUUUUCUAAGUUUUAAAAUCUAAAGGGAUAGAAGACUAUAAGACAAAAUAUUCAAAUCAAGAAAAAGCAUAAUAUUAUAAGCUACUUUGGUUUCAGAUUCUUAACUAAUAAGUUAUUUCAAGGUGUUAGAUACAUUUUAAUGACAAAAUAAAAGCUGUAACUCAUCCAAAAUUAAGAUGAUUGUCUUUAGCUGGUGCUUAAGGAUGUAUUCGUGUGGGUGAUAUUUUUUGCUUGCAGAAAUCUAAGGAAAGAAAGCCCAUUGACUUGGCAGCCUCAUACAUAAAGAUGGUUUCUGCCUUGAAGUCAUCAGUCUGUAUCUGAGCAAGGGUCAGACUUUAAUAUUGAUCGUAAAUAAUAUUUGACUAAGCAGACAACUGCCUCACUAUAGAAAAGACACCUUUUCCUAAUGCUAGGAUGUAUUCAACUGGCCUGGCUGUAUAUGCAUUAGUCAGUGUCCCAUUGGUUUUGCUUUGUCCUGAAGAAAACUUACCUUUGAAGCUUCUUGGAAGGAGUUUUUGAAAAAGAAUAUACAUAUAUAUAUAUAUAUGCUUUUUAGUUUCUCUCAGUUCUUUGAGUCAUCCAAAAUGAAUUUUAAAUCCAGAGAGCGGAGUUGAAUGCAUUGCCUUAGUUUUGAUAAGCUAUAAAUUGAACGUGUACAAUAUGAAAGGCUCCACAUUCACAAGCUGGGUGAAGACGUGUCCUGAUUAUGCCUGUAAGUGUUUCAGUGCUUGGUUGUUAUGGUUACAUUUUCCAGUUUGACUGUACUCCUGCCUGGCAUAACUCAUCAAACAUGGCAGCGGCCAGUGUAUUGCACACCCUUGGGCUUCUGUCUAGAUGAUGGAAAGGCAGUAGGGACAGACAUAGAAGUAUGAGAUAGGCAGCAUUUGGUAUGUGCAGUACUCAGUGUAUUUCUAUCAUAGAAGACCUACAGUGCAGUCCUAAACGAAACCAGUGUUACCCAAAGAUGUUUGCUUCUCUCUUUAAGGAGUUCUCUGGCAAACACUUAGUUUCCUAGUGAGCUGGAGAUAAUUGGGAUUUCUCCCAUGUGCUCUAAGGUGUUAACUGGGACCUCUGAUUCAGUUCUUUUAGAUAUUUCAAGGGAAACAUCAAAGGAAUGGUGCUCCUGAGUCUAUCUCUGGUGCUGGUAGUAACACUAGUACUCAUUCAUGAGGGUUUUCCUGGAGUGUACUACUUUGUAUAAUUUAACUACCAGUUACUUGUUUGUUUGUUUUUUUUUGUUUUUUGGUUUUUUUUUGGUGGUGGUGGUAGUGGUGGUGGUAGUUUGCUUGCUUGCUUGCUUGCUUGCUUGCUUGCUUGCUUGCUUGCUUGCUUGCUUGUUUUAACACAGGGUCUUGCUACAUAGCUUUUGCUAGCCUAGAAUUGUCUUUGUAGACCAGGCUGCCCUGGAAUUCGUAGCAAUUCUCCUGCCUCAGGAGGAGAUCUAGUGCUGUGAUUCGGGUGUAUAUCCUACUCCUGGUUUGUUAUGUGCUCUUGAUUGAAUAUGUACUUAUUGUAUAUGCAAAAAUAAUGAUGGGGACAGAGUUGAGGUCCAAUUUAAGGAAAUAUAUGAACUUUCACAAGUACUGAUUUCUCUAUUUGGUUCUUUCUAAAUAGUUGUGUGUUUUGAGAAAGUUCAGAAGAAACUUCACACAUGACUUCAUUUUUUAAAAACAGCAGGAGAUGUGCUGCUAGUGAGCCCGUACAUCUCCGAGCUUCUAUGAGGAGUGAAGUGAAAUUUUGUCAUACUGGAUUUCAUAGUUAAACAAAAGCAUAUUUUUUUAAAUCAGAAGUCAGAUGUGAUUUUAACAUGAUUUUUUUUUUCUUUAAAGAUUAGUGUUUUUAUGUGCCUAGCAUCUAUCAGGCCCUGGGUUAUUAAUUCCUGUCACCAUAGUAAAUACAUAAUGGUUUUGCCUCUGCUUUUGGUUCUACUAUGUCGCCAAGGCUGAGCUUAGCAGCGAUUUUAGCACUUCAGCCUUCUGAAUGGGGGGGUGGGGAGGAAGGCGGAGGAUUGACUACACUGCCAUGCCUGGCUUAAAUUUUCAUAUUGUCCAUCCUUGUAGCAUUUCUCUGGAGAUUAUCGCCUUAUUCUCUUAUUAAUUUCUAAGUCUGUUCUUUGGAACAGGCAUUCACUUGACUCACCAUGCUAAUGAUCUAAACAGUCCAUUUGCUUGGUUGUAUGGUUCUUCCAUGUAGUAUUGGAGUAAAGGGAAGCCCUCGUGUUUCCAAGCGCCAUGUUUGUUUCCCCCGAGAGAGCCCAUUUUUGUAAACAUUUAAUGAUAUUUAUAAACAUUAAAUGAUUAUUUUUCAAAAUGUGUGCAUGCUGGCAAGUGAUUUCGGAAACAUGACUGAAGCAUAGUCCAUCGCCAUCUUGAUAGGUAGCUUGUGAUUUCUCGGGGUCUUGCUAUAUCCUAUGUACCAUUGAAAAAUGGCUUUUACCUUUUUGUUUAUUAAACCUACCUUGGUGUUUAUUCUGUUGAAGCCUGUCAGGUUUUUGUUAGUUUUCAAAGUCAUCCUUUGGAUCUGUAUGUGUUACUGUGUACUACUUGAGGUUUCAUUUUGUUUCUUUUCACGAGAAAUCUGUUUGCUAACAUGGUAUGGAAGGGGCACGCUCCAAACUUAAGUAGGAAUUUUAAAGAUCUCACUGGCUUUUUAAAGGGUUCAGAUGUGUGACCAUGCAAAAUAAUUACAUGGACAUGAACUACUUUAAUGGUGGAGUAUAACAUUCCUUUCAUCAUGUUUUGUUUGGAUUGUUUAAAGGAGUUGUUUGUUUGCUUGUUUUACUUUUUGCAAGUUCAUUUACUGACAAAUGUUACUGUUGGUCACACUACAGCAAGAUGUGUGACUCUUUAAAAAACUAUGUAUAAAAAUUUUAUGUGCCCACUAUGAAGAUAUGACCCUAAGUCAGAGACUUGAUUUGACUUGGAUCUGACUCCAGUUUUACCUUGAACAGAUUUUUUUUUUUUUCUGAGAAAAUGCGUUGUUUUUUCUUUUUUUAAUCACUAAAGGACAGAGUCCUGAAUAAAAUACCCUUGCGAAGUUAAGCUUUGUGGUUCACAAGAGUUUAUCUGCUGAAGUAACCAGCAGGGGAAGGCCAUGCUGGUCUAAGAAGAGUGUGACCUUUGCCUUUUGUUUCCCUAAUUUCAUUUGAUGCCCCUGCUGAUAUCAGCCAUUGCCUGAGCAACCCCAGGCCGCACUCACCUUGAUGGGAACCAAUCACUUGGGUGGAGAACGUUAAGAUUUUUAACAUUUAGUUUGUAAAUGUUUUCGCUGAUAUUUUUAGUUUAAAGCAGGCUCCGUUAUAAUUAUUCACCAAUUUCCCCCCCUCCCUCACAUUUUAAGUUUACCAAGUGAAGCAAAAAUGUCCUGGAGAUGGACUUGUUUAAAGCUGCCUGACCUGCCCUUGCUCCCUAGUGUAGCUUGGCUGUUUGGUUUGGUUUGGUUUUCUUUUUCUUUUUCCCACUCUAUUGCCUCCAGAAGAGGUGGCUUUAGAAAGUGUUGAGUAGUGAUGUGUGUGUGUGUGUGUGUGUGUGUUUGUAUGAGAGAGACAGAGACAGAGAGACAGACAGAGAAAUGUUGCUUUAAACCUGGCUGCAUCUGCAGCAGCCCUUGAACUUUAAUCUGUGCUGUUGGAAACGUUUUUUCAACAAUUUUGCUGCCAUUUAAAAAGCGAAAAUGAAACUGCUCUGGUCAAAGCUAAGUUUGUCUCCGAAAAAUAACAUAAUGUUUCUUUGGUCAUAGUCUGGGUUAUAUGCAAUUUAUAUAUUUGUAUUCUGCUUUGAAACUGUAACUAGAUAAGCCUGUCUACGGUUUUUAACUUUACAAGAAUAAAACAAAUAUUUUGGUAGCUAUCUCUUAA